UAGGUCCUUUAAGCUUCAACAAAACAGGAAAUCGAAAGUCAACCAGUUCUAGUAACGCUCCCCGCUUCAUCAAUUUCCAGCCAGGGGCAGUAAACGAUGACUAACUGUUCCAAGUGUUCCAUUUCAGCCAUACCCCUGCCUCUCCAACUUCCAACUGCUGUGACUGUUAACCCCAAAAUCCUAACUCCGCUAUUUCUCCGCCCAGUGCUCCAAUGGCCUCUCGCUGCAAAUCUUUCUCGAAGCCGGCUUUCUCUCUUCUCAAAUCUGCCGUCAACAAACCAGCGUUCAAGGCCACUCCCAUGUCUUCUCUCCCCUCCACCCGCCUGUCAAUCAAUCUCUCAAGGCCGAUUCCGCAGUUGGGUUGUCUACAAUCUCUGCUUCCGCAGUGGCAAGAAUUUGAAUGUAUUGUCCAUUUUGAAGAAUUGUAUCUAAUUUUAAAUAAAUGUGGAGGAUGAAUUUUUGUAAAUUAUAUGGAAUGUUAGAUGUAAAACAUUUGUAUAUUAUGGCACUAUUUUUCUUUUGAAUUAUUUUUAUUAUUGUUUGUUUUG